CAAGUAAGGCUCUUUGUUUUGUGGUGGACACAACAGGAAGUAUGGGUGACGACAUUGCAGCUGUACGAACCGUCACUUCUACUAUAAUUGAUAGUAAGGUUGGAACAGAGGAUGAACCUUCACUCUACAUUCUUGUACCUUUCAAUGAUCCAGAUUUCGGGCCUCUGAUAAAGACCACAAAUGCAGAUGUGUUUAAAGGUUAUAUCAAUUCAUUAACUCCAUCCGGAGGUGGAGAUUUUCCAGAAAUGAGUCUGUCAGGACUUCAGCUGGCUCUAACUGGCUCUCCUCCUAAUUCUGAGAUCUUCCUCUUCACUGAUGCAACUGCCAAAGAUGAAUCUCUGAAGAACACAGUGAUUGCACUCAUAGAGCAGACCAAGACAGUUGUGAGUACUUCCAUGCAAAUGUAAAAUGUACCAGCAUGCUGUUAAAAAAGAUUUAAUGCAUUGUUUUUCAAAUGCCACCAACACAAAUAAUUUUGUGAAAAAAACAAAACUAACUAGGUAUUCUGUUUGAAUUAGCAUUGAGAUGAUCUUUUUGUUGAAGAAAUAUCAAAGGAUACA